CGGCCGGCUGGUGGCGCAGUCGCGGCCCCGGCCCCGUUUGUCCGGGCUCCGUGUUUCCCGGGGAGGCAGAGGCUCGCGCAGGAGCCGCUUCUUGUGAUUCCAAUCGAUUUGCGCGUCUCUCCUUUCGACUGAAAUCGGUUCUGGGUUUGAAAUCGGUUGGUGGGGACCGAGCUGCGAGAGCUGAGGUCCACAGAGGGGGAUAAUGAAUUUGUAAUGCACAGUGUCUGCUGUUCUGGGCCAUGGAGGACGAGUCUAUCUCAGGGAGUGAUCCAGAUGUGGAGUCUGAGGAUGUGGAAGAGGAAGAGGAGGAGAUGGAGGAUAAUGAUGGCGAUGAUGAAGGUGACCUGGAAGAAAACGAUGAUUCUGAGCACACUCCGGUCAGUUCUGAGCAUUCCCCACAUCCCGAUGCCAGGGGAUGGAACUGUUCCACUUCAACUACCUCAUCACAGAAUGAUAAGAAACAGGCUCGCUCAAUAAAUGGCAAGAGGAAAAGGUCAACAAAGCCUGUCCACAUGAGAAGAAACAUCCGAAAGCUACUACGGGAGGAUCAACUUGAAGCUGGAACCAAAGCAGCACAGCAGGAAGAGUUAGAGCGCCUAAAAAGACUUGAGCAACAAAGGAAGGAAUUUGUGUUACCCACCUUGCCAUUUGAACUAUUACAAGAAUCGAACACCCAAACUUUAAAAAAGGAACCUGUUUGGAAUGAAGAGGAAAUUGUACAGAAAGCAGAUGAACAUCUGGCAACACCACCAAGGCCCUCUAAAUCUGAGGUAAUCUGUGUGGACAUAAGCAGCGAGAGUGAAGAAGAUGCAGGGGGAGUAAACAAAGUUGUAAAGGAUGAUGUGAUCGAGUUGAGUUCUGGGGAAGAUGAUACAUUCCAAAUUCUUGAUAGUGGAUCCAGCAAUGAUGAGGAGGUGAAUGAGGAGAGCAAUGAUGCUCAUGUGAAUGAUGCCUUGAACCAGCCAGAUGAUCUGGGGCGUGUAAUGGUUAACAUAAAUCAUCCUCCAAAUGAGCAAGACAUUUUCCUGGCAUCCCAACUGGCACGAUCUGUGAAACCACACCAGAUCGGAGGAAUCCGUUUCUUAUACGAUAACCUGGUGGAGUCUCUGGAAAGGUUUAAAGGCAGCAGUGGUUUUGGUUGCAUCCUGGCACACAGCAUGGGUCUUGGGAAAACCCUGCAGAUGGUCUCCUUUGUGGAUGUUCUCUUUCGAUACACGGAGGCCCGCACAGUUCUUGCUAUUGUUCCGGUGAACACUUUGCAGAACUGGUUGGCCGAGUUUAACAUGUGGCUUCCAGCCCAAGAAGCACUUCCUGCAAACUACAACCCUGAGGAGAUCCAGCCCAGGGGUUUCAAGGUUCAUAUCCUAAAUGAUGAGUUCAAAACAACUGUAGCCCGUGCCAAGGUUAUCCAUGAGUGGUCAACUGAUGGUGGCAUGCUGUUAAUGGGAUACGAGAUGUAUCGUCUGCUUUCACUGAAGAAAUCUUUUGUUAGUGGGAGGAGGAAAAAAUCAAAGAAAUCUACAGGACCUGUGAUUAUAGAUUUGGAUGAGGAAGAUCGGCAGCAAGAACUGUUGAAAGGCAUUGAGAAAGCCCUAUCCAGACCAGGGCCCGAUGUAGUUAUUUGUGAUGAAGGCCACCGCAUAAAGAAUUGCCACGCCAGUACCUCUCAGGCCUUAAAGAGCAUCCGUUCACGACGGCGGGUGGUGCUGACUGGAUAUCCGCUUCAGAACAACCUCACGGAGUACUGGUGCAUGGUUGACUUUGUCCGGCCUGACUUCCUAGGCACCAGGCAAGAGUUUAGCAACAUGUUCGAGCGGCCCAUCCUGAAUGGGCAAUGUAUCGACUCGACGCCACAAGAUGUUCGGUUGAUGCGUUAUCGAAGUCAUGUUUUACACAGCCUGCUGGAAGGAUUUGUUCAAAGGCGAGGCCAUGAUGUUUUAAGAGGUCAUCUUCCUGACAAAGAAGAACAUGUGUUACUAGUCCGUCUCUCCAAAAUCCAGCGAUCGCUCUACACAGAAUUUAUGGAUCGUUUUAGAGAUGCAGGGAACAGUGGGUGGCUGGGGCUCAACCCUCUGAAAGCAUUUUGUGUCUGCUGUAAGAUCUGGAACCAUCCAGAUGUUCUCUAUGACGCACUGCAGAAGGAGAACCUGGCCAAUGAUCCAGAUUUGGACCUUGAGGUAAAUGACAUGAAUGCAGGUACACCGAAUGCACGGGCUCUGCCAAUUGGAAGUAAAAGGAAAACAGAGAGCAUGGCUGCUACGUUAGACUCCACAAACAGCAAGUUUACCCAGAAUGUUGGAUUCAACCAUUUUCAGGAAAAGGCCAACCAAGUCAUCACAUAUGAUUGGGCUAAGGAUAUAUUGGCAAACUACCAACCAGGUUUGCUAGAGAAUUCUGCAAAAAUGGUGCUGUUGUUUGAACUAAUUGAAGAGAGCUUAAAACUCGGCGACAAGAUCCUGGUGUUUAGCCAGAGCCUUUCCACACUCUCUGCAAUUGAAGAAUUUCUUGGAAAGAAACAGAUGCCAGCAAAAAUUGGCUCCGAAGAGCCCCCACAACCUUGGAUCCGGAAUGUGAACUACUAUCGGCUGGAUGGAAGCACCUCAGUUUCGGAGCGAGAACGUCUGAUCAACCAGUUCAAUGAUCCGCGCAACAUCAAAGCCUGUCUUUUCCUGCUGUCAACUCGAGCUGGAUGCUUGGGAAUCAACUUGGUUGGAGCCAAUCGAGUAGUAGUAUUUGAUGCAUCUUGGAACCCAUGUCAUGAUGCUCAGGCCGUGUGUCGUGUGUACCGUUACGGUCAAAGAAAGCCUUGUUAUAUUUAUCGGCUGGUGUCUGACUACACGCUUGAGAAGAAGAUCUAUGACCGGCAGAUCUCCAAGCAGGGCAUGUCAGAUCGUGUUAUUGAUGAUCUAAACCCAAUGCUUAAUUUCACCCGGAAGGAAGUGGAAUCCCUCCUGCAUUUUGUAGAGGAAGAACCUGUUUCAGGAGAUACAAGCUUUGAGACAGAUAAAUUAUGUGAUGAAGUGAUUCACAAAGCAUGCGCCAAACAUAAAUAUCUUGUCACCAAGCCUCCUUUUCAGCAUGAGUCCCUGCUAACGGAUCGCAAAGAGUACAAGCUGACCAAGGCGGAAAAGAAGGCCGCGAAGAAGAGUUAUGAGGAUGAGAAACGAGCAUCAGUCCCAUAUACCAGACCAUCCUACGCCCAAUAUUACCCAACCAGUGACCAGAGCCUUACCAAUAUCCCCAUCUUUAGCCAGCGGCAUUGGUACGUAACGACCUGUGGACCUGUUGUUGGUGGGGAAGGAGGAGUGUAUGAGUGGUUGAGUGAGCAGGUUUGGUUUGGAUUAGUCUUAGUUAGAUUUAUUAUUAUGGUCACCUGUACUGUGAUACAAUUAAAAACGUUUUGGGCUGCUAUCCAGGCAAAUCAUACUAUACUCGAGAAAAAUCAAACUAGAAAUAAGUGUGAUAGGUAGCGCAAUGAGA